GUGGCGGCGGCAGCGCGGGCGCCUGAGGAGAAGGAGGAGGAGGAGGAGAAGCGGGUGAGGGGCGGCGCGGGGCCCGACCUCUGAGCCCCCUCUCGGCCCCCGCCCCGCGCCGCCCGGCCUCCCAGUCACCCCCUGACCCGGCUGUCCCCGGGCCCUUCCUCGAGCCUUACCGCCCAAGUCUCCACCCCCGCGGGUCCUCGCGCUCCUCACGCUCCCAGAUAAGCAGGCUGUGGGGCCCACAGACAUCUCACACAGUUUCUGAGUGGCACAGAGCACACCCCUGUGCCCUGUCCUGUGCCAGAAGCAGCAUGGUCUUCAGAGCACCAUGGGGCCUGACAGAGUGACAGCCCGGGAACUGUGCGAGAACGAUGACCUGGCCACCAGCCUUGUUCUUGACCCCUACCUUGGCUUCCGCACGCAUAAGAUGAAUGUCAGCCCCGUGCCCACUCUGCGACGGCAACACCACCUUCGAUCAGCACUGGAAGCUUUCCUAAGACAGCGGGACCUGGAGGCUGCCUACCGGGCCUUGACACUGGGAGGCUGGAUGGCCCACUACUUCCAGAGCCGGGCCCCUCGGCAGGAGGCUGCCCUCAAGACCCACAUAUUUUGCUACCUCCGCGCCUUCUUGCCUGAGAGUGGCUUCACCAUUCUGCCCUGCACCCGCUACUCCAUGGAGACCAAUGGGGCCAAGAUCGUGUCUACCCGUGUUUGGAAGAAGAACGAGAAGCUGGAGCUGCUGGUAGGCUGCAUCGCCGAGCUGCGGGAGGAGGAUGAGAACCUGCUCAGGGCCGGGGAGAAUGACUUCAGCAUCAUGUACUCCACCCGAAAAAGGAGCGCCCAACUGUGGCUCGGCCCGGCUGCCUUCAUCAACCACGACUGCAAGCCCAACUGCAAGUUUGUGCCCUCAGAUGGGAAUACUGCGUGUGUGAAGGUGCUCCGGGACAUUGAGCCAGGGGACGAGGUGACAUGCUUCUAUGGUGAGGGCUUCUUCGGUGACAAGAAUGAGCACUGUGAAUGCUACACCUGUGAGAGGAAAGGGGAGGGAGCAUUCAGACUUCGGCCCAGGGAACCAGAGCUUCAGCCACAGCCCCCAGACAAGUAUGCACUCCGAGAGACAAAGCGGCGUCUGCAGCAGGGCCUGGACAGCAGCCAGCAGAGCCUGCUGGGCCUGCGGGCCUGCUGCCACCUGUCCCCACUGCGCCGGGACCCAUUCUGUGCUGCCUGCCAGUCCCUAUGCCUGCUGCCUGCCAGCCCCCACCUGGACUACCUGCCCCUCUGGCUCCAGUGGAUGCCUCAGCCCCAGCCCAGAGUACGUCUCCGGAAGCGCCGCCGUCCCAGGACCCGGCCAGCCUCGUUGCCCCCUGCCCUCCAUGCUGUCUCUGUCUCCCUACACCGAUGGGGAGGCUGUGGUCCCCACUGCCAACUACGGGCUGAGGCCGCGGUGGCCCUCCACCUGCUCCCCAAGACCCGCUGGACCCUUCAACAGGACUGGUAUUGGGCCCGGCGCUAUGGGCUGCCUUCUGUGGUGCGUGUGCACCUUACCCGUCUAGCCCCAGCCCUACCAGCUGCUCCUGCCCCUGCUGGGAGCCCAGCCCCUGUCCCCACCCCUGCCCUCGUCCCUAAGCAGGCCCUUGCCUUCGCCCCUUUCUGCCCACCUACGCGCCUCCGGCUAGUGGUCAGUCAUGGUUCCAUUGACCUGGACAUCAACAGUGGUGAGCCAUGAUGGACUGCCUGCAGGGAGCCCGGAUUGGAGUGUAGAGUCUCUGUCUUGGACCCCUCCAGAAGGAGGGAGGGAGCUGACCCUUGACCCAGGUCUGAUCCUGGGAGUGUGUUGUUUAGGACAUCCCUAGGGAGUUGACCCUUGUUGCUUCAUGACUGCUGACCCCUGAGCCAACCCCACCCAAGCAGGGAGCCCUGGCCAUUUGAUGUCCCCCCAUCCCUGCCCCCACCUCAGGACUGUAGGAGCCACCCCCCUCUCCCCCCAGCCUCUUCUCCCCAGGGAGUAAAGCCAUAAGGGGUGGGGGCCUCUCCAUGGCAACUCUCUAGAAGCUCAGGCCUCAGGAGGUGGAACCGGCUUGGGAGUUUGCCCUCCCAAGCUGCCCCCACAAUGGGGAGUGGGUUGGCUCAGCUCUGCAGUUGUUGGAGGCAGGGGCAGUCAGAUGGGGCGGGUGGUACCCAGGGGCACAUCCUUGGCCCUGCCCCAUGGGUCUCAGGGAGGCCAGGCGUGACCUCAUCUUUCUCACGGUGCUAUCCCUGGUGCUACUGGGGUGUAGGGGAGGCUCCCUCUCCUCCCCACACCAGAAUGGGGGAUGAUAGGGGAUUGGAAGAACUUGAACUUUUUAUUAAAACCUUUUAAGCCCUUA